AUGGCUUCGAGAUUUGUGUUUAUUGCUGUUAUGUUCGUUAUCGCCGGAUCUGCGAUCGCUCAGGCUCCCGGAGCAUCGCCGACGGCAACUCCAGUGAAACCGCCGGUCGCCGCACCUGCUCCAGUCGCAACUCCACCGACCGCAACUCCUCCGACUUCUUCGCCCACCGCCUCGCCGCCGACUGAUACUCCUAUAUCAUCUCCACCGGCGCCUCCUACUUCUGCUCCAGGUGCAUCUCCCACCGGCGCUCCUACUCCGUCCUCGAUCUCCGCUCCCGGCGCUUCUCCGGCAGGCACUCCUGACAACGCUGCCGGUUUGAACAGAGUUACCGUCGCCGGAUCUAGCGUCGCAUUGUUCGCCGCCGUCGCCUUGUUGAUGUAG